AUGGCCUUCUUCUUCAACCGCGGUCGGUCCCGCCAGCCUUCGGACAUUGCCAGAUCAAUUAAAGAACUCUUGGUGAGGCUUCGAGAAUCGCCAACCACUGCCAAGGUCGAAGAUGAGCUGGCGAAGCAACUAUCUCAGAUGAAACUUAUUGUCCAGGGUACUCAAGAAAUCGAGGUGUCCCCCGAACAAGUCCAGGCAUUGGUGCAGGCUACCCUGCAGGAAGACUUGCUCUACGAACUAGCCCAAGGGCUUCAUCGCCUGCCCUUCGAAGCCCGGAAAGACACACAAACCAUCUUCUCACACAUCCUCCGUUUCAAACCUGUCAAUGCAAACCAUGCAGACCCUCCUGUCAUUUCCUACAUUGUCCACAAACGACCCGAAAUCAUCAUCGAACUGUGCAAGGGCUAUGAACAUAGCCAAAGUGCCAUGCCAUGCGGCACUAUCUUGCGAGAAGCGCUGAAGUUUGAUGUUAUCGCGGCGAUCAUCCUCUAUGACCAGUCGGAAGACGGGGAGCCAGCGAUUCGCCUGACGGAGGUCCAGCCAGGCGUGCCUCAAGAGGGCAAUGGUAUAUUCUGGAGGUUCUUCUACUGGAUCGACCGAGGGAGCUUCGAACUGAGUGCCGACUCUUUCACAACGUUUAGGGAGAUAUUGACCCGCCAUAAAUCCAUCGUUACGGGUUAUCUAGCCACGAACUUUGAUCUCUUCUUCUCCAAAUUCAACGAAGUACUUGUUCAGUCAAGCUCGUAUGUCACGAAACGACAAAGCAUCAAGCUACUAGGAGAGAUCCUCCUGGACCGAACCAACUACAAUGUGAUGAUGGCCUAUGUGGAGAGUGGGGAGAAUCUCAAGUUGUGUAUGAAACUGCUGCGGGACGACCGAAAGAUGGUCCAGUACGAAGGCUUCCACGUGUUCAAGGUAUUUGUUGCCAACCCCAAUAAAUCGGUUGCGGUGCAGCGGAUUUUGAUCAACAACCGUGAUCGGCUGUUGAAAUUCUUACCGAGGUUCCUAGAGGACCGGACGGACGACGAUCAAUUUACGGAUGAGAAGAGUUUCCUGGUGCGCCAGAUCGAGCUUCUCCCCAAGGAGCCGAUUGAGCCAGCACGCUCCGCGCGCGAAGCGUCUCGCUCCGGCAUCAACACGGCAGCAGUGGCCUGA